UGUAGUUGUACAAUCAAAGAUUCUGCUGUUUCUGUUGUUGUAGAAAAGUUGCAUCACCGAAAGAUGGCAUUCGUAUAAAUACCAAGAGCUACUCAGGAGAAAGUGUCAUAAACUUAUCACACAUGGACGUUUCUGCAGCCGGGAUAUCACAAUAAAAGAAUAACAAUAUGGAUGAGGAAGAGGGACUUGAUGAGCUGAUCGCCCAGAGAAGUCAGCGACCUUCCUAUACUCGUAUGAUAUCUUGGGAGUUCAAUGACGCUGAUGAAACAAAACUUGUGCAAAGACGACGCAGAAGGAGGUCAAAACAACAAUCAGGGGAGACAACUGAACAAUUGGGUGAUGAUGACAGUGAAGAUUGUGAUAAAAAUAACCCUGACAUGUCAAACCUGUCCAUGAGUUUCAGCGAUUCAGAUGAAGAAUUCUUUUCAGCGGAAGAAUUGUUGGUUUCUGAUUCAGAAUCUCUUACUGAGGAUAGCAGCAUGUCUGUGGGUUGUGAUGAUCAACAGGAAGUGUCUUGUGUCGGUACUCCUGGGGCCGAAUGUGGAAGUGAUGAAGACUCAUCAGUAUUUAUAGAUGAAAACUCCAGUUUAAAUAACAGUUCUUCAAAUAUAAGACCUAGGCUUAGUAAAAAACAAAAGAAAAAACGUCGAAAGAUAUUUGCAUGAUGUAUGAAAAUCAAAUCCCACCUUUCAUGGAGGGAGAGUUAGAUGAUAUUGUACACAUGCUUUCUGAACGUCCUUCUGUUGAUCAAACUUUAGACAUAGCCAAAGAUGUUCCUUCACUGGUUCAACUGUGUAUCAAAUCAUCAUAUAAAAUUAGAUUAAAAUCCAUGCCAGAACUACCAAACAAAAUUAAACGACUUUUCUAUCCAGAUGAAGAUUUCUGUUUACAAAAAGUGCAGUUGUCCUGGUUACAUUCCACACUGGCACGUUUUGAACCGAAGGAGAAAUUUACAAAAAAUUGUAUGACCAGUGUCGAUAAACCGGAGUUGUUACACUCGGUCAGAAAUGUUAAUAACCAGAUGUACAGUGUGAACCAUACAGGCAGUGAUGGUAAGGAUAGUCAUGUGUUGGCCACACUGCCUUUUACCAUUAUUGACCAGGCUAAGUCGUUGGAACAUAGGAAAGCCAUCACAACUUGGGCAGUGGUUGCUGCCACUUUGGAGCUGAUGUUGCCACCAGUUUUAUCUGCGGAUGCCUAUAGACACCAGUCAGAGAGUGAAGAUGACCGCAUUGUUAGGGCGACCAGGAGUGUGAUAUCCAGACUGAAGUCUGCCAUGAAGAGCAGGUUUCCGACGGUGGUGUCUUACUGUUUUGAUGAUGCCCUGCCGUAUGCUCUGUGGGCCAGAGGGGACAUCAGUCAGGCUACAGAAUACUUCCUGUCACUUUCACAGAGUACAACUAAAGAAAUCCUAAAAGGUUUAUACCUCAAUGAAGUCGGCCGUAUGCAUGCUCUGAUUGGUGCCGUGGAGACAGCAGCAAAAUUCUACAGAUUAUCGUGUGAUGCUCUUCUAAAGGACGGAAAGAACAGCCACCACGCAGACGACGUCACCACAAAUAUGCUGAUGAUGAUCGCUAAUCUGUAUGACCAGGGGAUAUUGACACCUAACAAAGGGAAGCAGUCAACACAAGCUUGGAAUGUUGUACGGACCAAUAAAUACAGCCAUAAGGUUGAAGGUCUGGAGCGACACAUCAUGGACGUUUAUCUUUGUACACAUUGUGGAUCAGUUCAGGGAAGAGAAUGGUUGGAGCAGGCAAAGUCCAUGUUGGUUGACCUUUCGACCUCUGACCCUCAACUGGUAUACUACCUCAAUAUGGUUCACGCCCUGUUAGGGGAGGAAAAGCAGGCUUACACAGUCUACUGGGAAUUUGUGAAAAGGUUUGAGGGAGACGUCAUGGAGUCCCCUGGUAGAGAUAUGGUGUCCCUCAGUGGAAAAGGAGCCAAAUAUAAUCCCUGGAAACCUUUGGUUACCAUGGUGAAGGAAAUUUACAAUAAUGUCCAUUUCUUGCCUGUGUUAUGGAGAGUUCAGCUUCAACAUCUGAAAAUUUCUACUGGGGAAGGCUUUGAAAGUGACAUUUGUCCCAAAACGCUUGACCUCCACUUUGAUAGUAAUGGGUAUUUGACUGGAAACAUGCAGAUGUUGCUGCCUCCUAUCCGAAGGAUCCGCCUCAACCCCUACACAGGAACCUUGCAGUUUGACCAACACAAUAGUCCUACCAAGGUGUUGACAACCUGGGAUAGUGAUAGUACUACUGAGUCCAUUGCAGCAGGUACAUUUGUGAUACCGACAAUGUUGGAGGUGUACAACAAAGAUGGCAUCAAAGUACACUUCAUGCUGGGACGAAAAGCAGGAAAUAUGAAUAACAUAGAUUUAAAUUUCCUUGAUAUGGCAACUCUGAUCUGGACUGGCCCUAAUGGAGAGAAAGCUCGAUUGAACAUCUAUAAGUUGUUAAGGGAGCAUUGCAUCAAGAAUGUCGAGAAAAAAUUGAAACUUAAUGAAGCAUCAAAGUCAGUAAAUGAUUUUACAAAAGAGGACGGGAAAAAGUUUGUCAAUUUAUGUGUAGAGAAGCAGCGUGUGCUUGAUUACGAUUGGAUAACUUCUCAAGUAUACCACCUGACUCAUCUCAGAACACAACACCAAAGACAAGAAAAAGAAAGAGAAGGAAGGUUAAGGACAAAGUAUGAACCAAAGAAAGGAAAGAAAGCUAAACCGGUGGAAUUCCAGUAUGAAAAAUAUGUAAAACCACCUGAUUUAAAACUGGAGUAUAAUGCCCAUCCAGAGGAGUAUCGCCUACAACUUACCAACAUUUGUGUUGUGGGGGAUACACUGACCUUUAUGACAAAGCAGUGUAACACACGGCCGCUAUACUUGUGGGUUGUUGAUCUGACAUCCAAGGACACAUUUCUUGCCUACAAGUCACCUAGUUUGUACAAAGUAUCCUGUUUUACCCAACUGCCUGUACACAAUAAAGUUUGCCACACCAUUCCGGGAGCAACCAUCCUGUUCAGUCAAUUAAAUUCUUCACGAGUUGAAGUCCUAGAUAUCAUGAGCAGAGGAGAACGUAUAAGCAGUAAACAUAUAGAAUGUCAUCAAUGUGAUAUCACACGGAUGUUUCUGUUCGGCAGUCAGCUAUUUGGUGUCUCCUUCAACAGCAGGAUCUGGAGCUGGGAUAUGACAAAUGGCCAAAGGGAGGUAGCUGAUGAAUUUACAGGUGUGCGUGACCUUGACCUCAUAGGUGUUGUCCUGGUGGUCAGUACAGAUUAUGGGAUAAAGUUCUGUAGUGUACCUCGUGACAGUGACCAUGUGUUUGAUUCACUUCCCAUAAUGCUAUCUACUGAAUUCAAAGGGACCCCGCUGACUUUGAAUGAUGAAGGUACGCUGAUCUGUAAGAGUAGAGAACGAAUCAAAGUUACCGGUACCCAGAGAGAAUUCCGGGAUGGGAAGGAAGUGUACAGGGCGGCGGUUUCCCUUGACAACAUAACAGUUAUAAUGUUGGUACCCACAGACGUUUACGGACCAAGGGAAAGUCUGACUCCUAUAGAGAUCCUCAUGGCCGUUACCCUGCCCGGUUUUGGUACAGAGACAUGCUUCAUUAGUCAGCAAAGUGGGAUGAUCCUGGGAUGGACACAACACGAAGAAAACACAAAAGACUACCGAGAACACCUGUUUCAGGUGGACUACGAGGCCAGACUGAGAGGAGUGCUGCCUUUCCUUGGCUGUGGGCCACGCUGCUUUUUACCUGUGUACCUGCCAGGUGACAAGGACAUACAGUCCAAACACCCAGGACACGGACAGCCAGGGUGGUACGUGUUCAUGAGGGACGGACAUGAGGGCAUCAUAGGGACCAAGCUUGUCGGAUAGUACGAUAUCAGGGACAUUGGAGAGUUACUGUCAUUCAUAUCUAAGUAAUUACAAACAAUUUACUUAAGAUAAUGAACUUAGCUGUCACUGAGAAAUUUCUUAAGUGUUUACAUGCAUGAUUAUGUUUAAAGUGAAGCCGAAUGGACCGGUCAGUGCACUUUACACUCCAGUGUUCAUACACAGCUGGCCAUUUGUCCAACAACGAUGACAGAGUUUUGAUUACAGUAACAUCACACAUCAGACUGAUUGCCAUGACAUGAGCCACUUGGGUUUUAAGAAAAUUUUGCUGAAAGGGAGAAUAUGAUGCUGGAUGGAUGUGGGGCGCAGCACUAUGGUAUAAGCUCACUUACUCUUCUGGACAGUGAGCUUAAAUAACUCCGUCCUCAGUUCAAUUUGGAAAUGAUGAAAUUCACAAAAUGACAAUGCACCUUUAACCCCUCUAUCUGUAAUAAGGAAUUUGAUUUCCGAAUACCUGAGUGUCUCAAUCAUUGCCAUUUUGAGAAAUUGUAACCUUGUGGAAAACAGGAAUUUAUGUGCAGGGGAAGUGUAAAACUAGGAAGAAAUGAGGUUUGUAGAUUGUUAAAUUUCACAUCGUAAUUUUAAAAUAAACCAGAUUUCAAUCAGGAUUUCAGGAAUUUUGAGGACUUUAUUGGGAAAAAUAAACAGCAUGCACUAUUGGGGAUGCCCAGGGCCUGUAUUUGGACCAAAUGUAUCUAGGCAAGAAAACCAUGGGUCAGCAGGUGCAAUUCUUUCCAAUCUGGCAAACCACAUCCUCCACUGCCUAAUGAUGACAUUUGAUGACAAGGGGAUUCUCAAGAUCUCUCAUCUUCUGCAGGGAAACUUUAUAUAUAUGUAUUUACCUAUAUCAAAUUAAUCAUAAUGCACCAACCCUGAGAGUUAUAGGGCCAUAACUUUUCAAAGAAGGAGGUGUAAUGCUUAAUUAUAAUAAAGUAUGAUAGUGUGUAUGAACAGCGUAAUAUCAUGUCUAUUAGUGUUCGAGGAGUAUUUCCACUAUAUUAUUGUACGCUUGCAUAGAAAUAUGAGUAAUGAAUAGGGGAGGAUGAAGAUUGCUAAGGACUACGCCAUCUCGAAUCUGUUGCUAUGCAGCGAAUUCAAGAUGGCAGCCCUUAGCAAAUAUAUCCACCCCAUCAUGGUGUGUGUGUGUGAUGUUACCAGUUUUGUUGUGUGCGACGUCAUCAUUAUGAGUAACUAAAGGAUUGUUUACCCUUAAAUGAAUAAAAAUCUUUUGAUAAACAA